CACACACACACACUACAGAACAAGGAGUAAAAUAACGUUAUUUGAAGCGGCAGGCACGGGUUUGGUUUGGGGUUUCUUUGUUUCGUUUCGUUUCGUUUCCUCACACAUUCUCUCUUUUUCGCGAUUUCACCCUUCGUUUAUGCACCCAUUGUACAUUCAUAAUAACUCUUUGUUACUCCCACCGAGCUAAGUUCCUUUUCAUGUGUUCUGGGGGAGCCUGGAUGAACGAAAGCCUUUCACCGAAAGAAGAGAGGCUUUCGGUGAAACCAUCACCAUGGCAUGUAGGAAUUGCUGUCUGAGGCUUUACUGCUCUUGGAAAUAUAUGAAACAGCAGGUUAAUGCUAAAUUGUGAGGAUUCUUCCGGACUCAGCUGAAGAAUGGAACCGUGGGGUGCUCAUCAUCGAGUCAUGUUCAUUAGUCAGCACGAGGAGGAUGGAACUCCUUCUGAUACUUCUAAGGGAGAGGAAUCAAAUGAUGAAGAAGAAAAAAUCGUCAAAGUUGAACCUGCCUUUGUGCCAGAAAUUAAGAAAAGGAAACGCCUUAGCCUUAGUCAGCUUAAAGAAGUGAAAGGAGAAUCAUGUGGGAAGCAAAGCAGUAGCAAGCUUAAAAAGAAGAAGAAUGAAAGUAGAGAUAGAUGGUCAGCUGAGAGGUAUCAGUUGGCUGAGCAAAACAUGUGGGAAGUAUUAAAGUCUGAAGGGGCGACAUUUGAAAACCCAAUAACCCGACCUGCACUAAGAUUAGCUGCUCGCAAACACAUUGGUGAUACUGGACUUUUAGACCACUUACUGAAGCACAUUGACGGUAAAGUGGCGCCUGGAGGUACUGAGCGAUUCCGAAGAUGGUUCAACACCAAUGGAAUCAUGGAGUAUUGGUUAGAGAGUGCUGACUUGGACAAGGUGCGCCAGGAGGCUGGUGUACAGGACCCUUACUGGAUACCACCAUCUACAUAUAGGGCAGGCGGUGCACCCUCUCAGAAAAUUGAUUCUUCUGUUGAAUUGAAACAGCUUAAAAUAGAAUUGGCGCAAAUGAAGAAAGAUAUGCAUGAGCUCAUUUCCAUGAAGGAAGAAAAAAGUGAUAUUAAUACGAUGGAGGAGACCUACAAAGAUUUUGUUAAGUGGAAAGCUAUGACUGACCAUCGCCUUACUGAAAUCAUUAAUUCUUUGAAGGGUUUGCAGGGGAAAUAUGGUGAAUUGAUGAUUUGGAAAACUAAAGUUGAGCAACAACUUGCAGAAAUAACUAAUAAAUUGAAUGAUCUUCAAGCAUCUAGGGAGUGCACCACUUUUAGUCCUCCUUCGGAAAGGUGGAAAGAUUGGAUAGAGAGCACUAACCUAGACAAUAUUCAGGAAGAUGCAUUUGCAACUUGGAUUGGGAAUCCAGAACUACUUAAUGUCCCACCAGAGGUUAUACCUGAAGAUCUCAACACAGCCAUACCAACACAGCCACCCAAUGAGGAACUGACCAAGAAGAGCGAUAUGCUGGAACUGGAACCUGUUAGACUAGAAGAUCAACCCAAUGUGACCCCCGAUUCUUCUACAACUGUUAAUUCGAAGUCAGACCUUGACAACUCAUUGAUUAUGUUUCAGGAAAUGCUUAUGGAUUUAUACAAAUGGAAAGAAAAAAUGGAACAGCAGCUGAUGGAGGUGUCAAAUACUGUAUAUGGUAUGCUGGCAAUGAAGUAGGCAUCAUUUCAAAGGAUGGAGGCUAGGAUAGGAUUAUAACCACCGUUUGGUUCAUGUUUUUCUGUUACUCUUAAAACUGGUAGAGUUUAGAUAUUGUACAGCAUUAACAAUCUGAUCCUGAAAAUCUGUGCCAACCACUAAGUUCACAGAAGAGGUUGAAUGUCGCCCUGCUGGCUGAGCUGCAAAUUGUUGAUAUGUCUGACUGGCCUUUUACAGUAUACUUGGUUAUGACUUAAGGUAGGUCUUCAGUGGAAAUGAAAUUGGUUGUUCUCUGGUCGUAUUGGGUAA